AUGGUGGAUGCGAAUUAUUUUACGUGUACGGUUGGUGAGGCUGCGAGGCUGAAGCGGAAAGACGAGAAGGCGAAAACGUGGACGACGGUGGUGACAUUGAUCGAUGACCAGGCUGAGAGGAAUCCAGAUGCACCGGCUUUGGGAUUCGCGACUUUUACGCAUUUGAAGUCUACACAGGUAUUCCGUCAUCUGUUCACAUUUCGGCAUCUCUCAGACACAUCAAAGCAUGCCGCACAGGUUCUUUCAGCUCACUUGCCGAAGGAGCCUAAGUCCUUGAAUAUAGGACUAUUAUCCUCAAGUAGCACCGAGUUUGUCCUGACAUGGCUUGGUUUGAUGCGCCUGGGAUAUACUGUUUUGCUUCUUGCACCUCAAUUGGCACCACCAGCAGUUCAGCAUCUUUGUGAAACUUUAAGCAUCAAACAUGUUUUCGUCGACGACAUCUACGAGUAUAGAGCUCGCGGGCUCUCAAACGACAUUGACAUCAUCAGGAUCCCUUCAUACCAAGAUGAUUCGCCAACAGAUGACUUGGAGCAGACCCCCGUAGUUUCCGAGACAGCAUACAUAUGUCACACUUCAGGAACAUCCUCCGGGCUACCCAAGCCAAUCCCUCAAACACAGUUCGGCGUGAUGGGGGCGUUGUACAGCUUUCCAGGAGAGAACAAGCCCGCAACCUUUUCCACCACUCCUCUCUAUCACGGAGGAUUCCCAGAUUGUCUAAGAGCAUGGACAAGCGGUGCCGCGAUAUGGUUUUUCCCCGAAGGCCACGCCCCCAUCACAGGCGCCAAUAUUAUAAGAGCUAUCGACUUUGCACGCGCGCACAGCUCAAUCCCCGUCAAGUAUUUCUCGUCAGUUCCGUAUGUCCUUCAAAUGCUCUGCGAAGAGUACGGCGGCAUUGAAGCUCUUCAAACGAUGGACCUUGUAGGUGUCGGCGGCGCUGCUCUACCAUCGGCGAUAGGCGACAAACUCGUGAACUCAGACGUGAAUCUCCUCUCGAGGAUGGGGAGCGCAGAAUGUGGGUUCUUAAUGUCUUCACAUAGGGACUACGCCGACGAUAAGGACUGGCAGUUUCUCCGGGCCAUUGAUGACCCAAAGCUAAUCGAAUUUGAGGCGCGCGAAAAUGGACUCUCGGAACUUGUUGUGAAGCCUGGCUGGCCUUUCUUGAUCAAGACGAAUCGCGAGGAUGGAUCAUACGCAACUUCUGACCUCUUUGAACCACAUCCAUCGAUCCCGAAUGCAUGGCGGUAUCACAGCAGAGCUGAUGCGCAAAUCACCCUCGCCAACGGAAAGAAGUUUGAUCCUUCGCCUAUUGAGGGCAGCAUAUUAGCUUCUUCCAAACUGCUGCAGGAUGUUCUCGUCUUUGGCAGUGGAAGAGACUACGCUGGAGCACUCUUGUUCCCUUCCUCGAGCGACAUUAGCGCAGAUGAAGUGAUCGAUUCUGUCUGGCCACAUAUUGAUGAGCUGAACUCGGGCAGUCAAACCCAUACUCGAAUCAACAAGACAAUGCUGGUAGUUGUCCCUGUCAAAGAAGGGCAGAAAGCUUUAGAGAAGAGUAGCAAGGGGACUAUUCUGCGACGGCAAGCUGAAGAGCGGUACUCUGAUGAGAUCGAAGGGGCUUACAGCAACACAUCGUCUUCAACCACGAAGAUUCCCGAGGGGGGCCUUCAGAAAGCGGUUCAAGAUUGUUUCCAGCAAGUCCUCGGACGGCAAGUUGAGCCAGAUCAAGAUUUGUAUCGCCAAGGCGUCGACUCAAUCGCUUGCAUACAAAUCCGAAAGUUGCUCGAACAAACAUGUCUAUCAUCUGAAAAUGACCAGCUUCCUCUGAACGUCAUCUACGAUCAAGGGACCAUCAAUUCUCUCGUGGAGUAUUUAGAAAGAGAGAACUCAGGAGACAACGAGCUGAAUGUCGACACCGAUGAGUCAGAACUCAACCUCAUGCAAGCUCUGACUGAAAAGUACAACUUUGACCCAGCGUCGCAUGACAGUGGCAACCUGAUAGCCUCAGGUGUAUCUCCUUCAGAUAGCAGCUCUAGAAGCCAAGCACGACGAGAUCGCGGAGCCUUGGAUCAAAAGAAAAGGCUGGCCCAGAUGGCCAUGAAAAUAGUCCAAGAUCCCAGUGAACGACCCACGCGCGUGGUACUUACCGGUGCUACUGGGUUCCUAGGGACACAUAUCCUUCAUCUUCUUCGAGAAAAUUCUAAAGUUGACAGGAUAUACUGUUUACUCCGAGGUGGCGGACCAUUUGCAGCUCAGAAGCGAGUUUCUGAAGCUCUCUUCCAACGCGGUAUGCCGCCUUUAGAGCCGCAUCAGGAUAAGGUUGUCUGUCUUCCGUGUGAUCUGGCGAAAGGUGAUCUUGGGCUUUCCGAAGAGCAGCUUCGGGAGAUUUCGUCGGGUGCUACGAAGAUCAUUCAUUCAGCUUGGGCUGUCAACUUUAGUCUUCGGCUGAACUCCUUCGAAGACCAGAUUGCCAGCACGAAGAACCUGAUCAACCUCGCUGAAGAGGCUGAUGCAAAGCUCAUUUUUGUCAGCUCGAUUGCAGCAGUGAGUGACUCUACCGCUCGACCGAUCCCUGAAACGCUAUCUCAGGAUCCGGAAGAGGCUUCGCCACUGGGCUACUCACGCUCUAAGUGGGUAGCUGAGCAAAUUUGCGAUGCAGCGAACAACAAGCAUGACUCUCCUCUGGCUUCGAUCGUCCGUGUUGGGCAGCUGUGCAGCAACGAAUCUGGAGUCUGGAACACCACCGAGGCGUAUCCGUUAUUACUCUCAACAUCCAAGAUAACAGGUUGUCUUCCCGAUCUUCCAAACGAAGUGCUCAAUUGGCUUCCUGUCGAGCAGGCUGCUCAAGUUGUCGUCGAAACUGCAUUUACUUCUUCCAAGGGUUCAAAAACACCUGUCUACCAUGUCUUGAACCCGCAUACCACACCAACUUGGAAAGAGAUGCUGGAUUGGUUAGCUGCCAGCGAUGAGGGUCCCGAGUUUGAGAUCGUCUCAUCAUCGGAGUGGCUUGAGCGUUUGGAGAAUGCUUUGAGCGGCGAUAGUGCCAGCCAUCCGUCACAGACUCUUCUAGAUCUGUGGAAGCGAUCAUAUUCUAAAGAGGAUGAGAAUAGCAGGGCAAAGGAUGAUCAGGAGAGUUCUGUAUUUGAUGUUGCUCAAAUACAGAAGGUCUCUUCUGCAAUACGGGAGGUCAAGCCAUUGGACCGAAAGCGGCUGAUCAAGACCUGGAAGUGGGUGAAUGAGAAUAUUAAGGGGUAA